ACUAAAUUGCAAUCUUCUCCCUCCUGCUUCUUGCUCUUCUCCCACGAAAGCCCACAGGCCUACAGUCUCACUUAUCAUAUACGUCUCCAUAGCCUUUUGCACUCCGAGACUGAGUAUUAGGAGCAGAAUGAGUUCCUUAAACUUUGCUCUCCCAUUAAUUCUAUUGUGGCUGAUUCUUUGUUUCUGUGAAGCGGAGCAGAAACUCAGCACUAAAGAAUGCGAGAAAUUAGGGUUCACUGGCCUCGCUCUUUGCUCCGACUGCCACACCUUCGCUGAAUACAUCAAAGAUCAAGAGCUGGUAUCUGAUUGUUUGAAGUGUUGUGCUGAAGAUUCUGAUGAUGCAACGAGCAAGGUUAUAUAUUCUGGUGCAAUUUUAGAGGUUUGCAUGAGGAAACUGGUUUUCUAUCCUGAACUAGUUGGCUUUAUCGAGGAAGAGAAGGAUAAAUUCCCAACAGUCCGUGUACAAUAUGCCUAUAAUUCUCCACCAAAGUUGAUCAUGUUGGAUGAAGAUGGGCAACUGAAGGAAACCAUUAGAGUUGAUAACUGGAAACGGGAACACAUACUGCACUUCCUAAAGGAGAAGGUUAAACCAUCAUCAGAAAUCUAACGUUUGAUCAUUUUCUGGCAACUAGUGAUCGACGGAAUUCUGCUUGGAUGUUAUUGUUAAUUGAUACCAUUUUAAACGAACGAGCAGAUGAUUAACAGAAGACAGGAGACCUUUCUGUAGUGAAUAUUGCUGGUCCUAAAACCCCCUUCUCUUAACGAAAUAAUCUGUUUAUGUCGAGAACAAGCUCGUGGCCAUUGUUUUAUGUCAGCAUUUCACUGAACGUCGUAUUUCAAAUGGCUUAUAAAUUCUUUU